AGACGAAGAUGGAUAAACCCUGAACCUCUCAGAUCAACAAUGGCGUCAUUUCAACUCUCCCGCCCACUGGUCCUAAACCCCAGAAGCUUAAUCCCUAAACCCUACGAAACACUAAACCCCCAAUUCUUCAAGCUUCAACUUUUCAAACCUCAGAAGCUUAACCCACUCAGAGCUUCCGGCGAAGACAAUGGAAGCAUUGAAGAACCCAAGCAGCCAGCUCGCCGUGGCCGGAAAAAGAGUUCAACUUCCGCUUCAUCUUCACCACCGAAAAAAACCCAGCGCGCCAAAAAAGCCCAAGUCGAAAACGGCCCAGUAGAACCCGAAUCUGACGAUUCGGAGCUGGAAGAUUACGACGACGGCAUAGACUUCCCCUACGACGACCCGCCGUUGGUCUGCUGCUUCGGGGCGGCCCAGAAAGAGUUCGUCCCGACGGUUCGGGUCUCCGACAACCCGAUGCACCCGGAUAUGUACUCCCGGUGGAAGAUGCUCCAGUGGGACCCUCCGGAAUUCUCGCGCGCUCCGGGUUCUUCGCCGUCCAACGUGGCGAUAUCGCACGUGCGGCUCGGCGGGAGAGCGGCGUUUAUGGGGAAAGUCGGAGGGGAUGAGUUUGGGAGUGAAGUGUUGUUGAUGAUGAACAAGGAGAAUGUUCAGACACGUGGCGUGAAGGUGGAUGCGGAUGCGAAGACGGCGAGGACUUACAUGAAGAUUAGAUUUGACGAUGAGAGAAUGUGGACGGAGACGGUGAAAGAGUCCGCUGAGGAUUCGUUGCUCCGGUCAGAGCUCAACCUCGCCGUGCUUAAAGAGGCUAGAAUGUUCCAUUUUACUUCAGAGGUUUUGACAUCAGCGCCAAUGCAACCAGCCCUUUACAGGGCUAUAGCUUAUGCGAAGAAGUUUGGGGGCCUUGUGUUUUUCGACUUGAAUUUGCCGUUGCCAUUGUGGAAGUCGCGUGACGAGACUAGGGAGUUCAUUAAGAAGGCGUGGUAUGAGGCGGAUGUAAUUGAGGUUUCGAGGCAAGAGUUGGAGUUUCUUUUGGAUGAGGAGUAUUACGUGAGGAAGAGGAAUUAUAGGCCGCAGUAUUAUGCUCAGGAGUAUGAGCAGACCAAGAAGCGGAGAGAUUAUUACCAUUACACUCCGGAAGAGAUAGCUCCAUUGUGGCAUGAUAAACUUAAGUUUUUGUUCGUGACAGAUGGGACGCUUCGAAUUCAUUACUAUUCCCCUUCGUUUGAUGGUGUUGUGAUUGGAACAGAAGAUGUGCUCAUUACUCCAUUCACUUGCGACAGGACUGGUUCUGGUGAUGCUGUUGUAGCAGCAAUUAUGAGAAAGUUGACCACUUUCCCCGAGAUGUAUGAAAAUCAAGAUGUUUGUGAAAGGCAGCUUCGUUUUGCAGUUGCAGCAGGAAUUAUAUCACAGUGGACAAUUGGUGCUGUUAGAGGGUUUCCAACUGAAAGUGCAACUCAAAAUCUCAAAGAGCAGGUUUAUGUACCUUCAAUGUGGUAGUGCAGAGCCAAGCCCUCAACAGCUGUUGUCAUUGCUGAAGAUUUUGUCUAUCAAGAGAUAGGUUGUAUCAACUGUAUACUUAGAAUUUCAAUUCACAUUACUCUUAAGCAGGCCAUUGUUGUGUUUUGCAUCUUGUAACUGAGGAGUAGCUUAUAAACUACUUGUAAUAGUACCACAGUUUUCUCAAUAUCCAGUGUCCCUCCAAUUAUUGAA